AUGGAAUAAUACGUUUCUCUAUCAUUACAGCCGCUCUGGGAUAAAUACCAAUUUGAGGAAAAUAUUGGUUUUGGAGCAUAUGGUUCAGUUAAAAAAGUAAAGAACACAGAGGAUUACAAAUAUUACGCUAUGAAAGUCUAAAAUUUGAAGGAUUUAAUGACUUAAGUACCUAAUAACUACAGUAACGAGUUUUUGCGUAUCAUCCGUGAGAUCAGCACAUUCAAACUUUGUCAUCCGAAUAUAACGAAAUUCUAUGAAUCCUACUUCAUGCCACUUAUUUAAUAUGCUAAUGGUGUAAUAUAUCAAGGAGAAUAUGAUUAUAUAACAAAGUAAAGUGACGGAAGAGGUAGAUAUAUACAGAGUGAUGGAAAUGUUUAUGAUGGAUUUUUGAAGCAGGAUAAGAGAGAUGGAUAUGGAAGAUCAAUAUUUGUAGAAGGAGAUUAUCACAUAGGUGAGUAUAAGGAUGAUAAAUUUCAUGGAUAAGGUAGGUAUUAUUGGAAAGAUGGGCAAAUUUAUGAAGGGCAAUUUGUGAAGGACAAAAAAAUGGAUUAGGAUUAAUGA